AUGGAUUAUACUAGUAGUAAAUUGAAUUCCUCAAACCCCUUUCAGGAUCUCAUCACAGACAAGGACAUUAGAAACUUUGAAGACCAAUUAAAAGGUGUCGUUCAAGACAAAGAUAGAGUUAGAUUGAUCAGAACAACUGCAAACUCAUUUGCCUUCAACUCUCAACAAGUUAAAAAGAUGGUUCAAAAUCAACACUAUGGUGAACCCAAAAUUCAAACUGCUAUUCUGUUGUAUCCCAAUGUAGUCGAUAAAGCAAACUUUGACAUAGUUAUUCAAGAAUUCGCCAACGGUUUGGUAAAACCACAAAAAAGUAUUGCAACCAUCUUUAAAGGAACCGAUUCAAAUGGAUUGAGUGACCCAUAUGUAAAGGUUUUUAAAAAAGGAAAAGAUGGAAAGUUAAAGAAAAUUCUAGAGACAAAGCCAAUCGAGAAAACAUUGACUCCAGUAUUCAAAGAGAACUCUUUUCUAUGUACUAUCUUGACUCCAGAAAGUGAUGAGUUGACAUUUGAGAUUUGGGACCAAGACACUUUGAUUGAUGACUUUAUUGGAAGUUGCGUGUUAAAACUGCCAAUCUCUCAUGACCCAUUCAAUUACAACAAAAUACCAGACCUGGAAAUGAAAAACAGAAAGGAUAAGGUUACUGCCAAGCUCCAACUUUUGGUUAAUGACGGUGACAAUCAAUAA